AAAUGUUGAGGCGCAGUCGCGUACCCAGACGCCAGAAUGAAGCGGUUACUAAUUACUUCGAUAGUAGACGGGUUCAAAAACAUGUCAGUGCAGCAGAAACAUGGGAGGCAGUGGAAAGUUAAAGUGCAUUUUCUUCAGUGAAUUUCACCCAACAGCCGGGCAUAAAAUCACAUACCAAGUUCCUGAAGACUUUGUUUCCAGAGAAUUAUUUGACACAUUGCAUGUCUACAUCAUCACUAAACCAGAACUACAGAACAAGCUUAUUACGAUAAAUGCUCCCGGCCAUAAGAUCAUUGGGUGUCCAGUCGGUAUUCAGAAUGCCAAAUACUCUCGCAAUGCUCUUCUCUUCAACCUUUGCUUCGUCUGCGAUGCAUCAACCAACACUGCCUGCUAUGAGCCGCUUGUCAAGAAACUAGCUAGCUACCUAAUAACAUUAGAGUUGGAAUGCGGCUUCCUGUCGAAGGAGGAGAGUAAGAAUCGGUUACUGGGCAUCCUGACCGACCUUCUGUCACAGCUUAACCAACACGGCAAAUGCUCCAUUCCUAUCAAUGAAUCCAACACCAUACACUUGAAGAUUGUUUCUCCAACCAAAGACCCGCCUCCUGUACUGGAACAUCAUGUACCGAUGUUCUUGACGGACAAGGAGUCGUAUGAUUCCAGUCAGUGGGAUCUUACUACACAGCAGAUCUUGCCAUUCAUUGAUGGAGUCAACCAUGUACAGAGGAUCGCCGCUGAAGCUGACGUGGACAUUAACCUCGUCAAGAUCUGUCUCCAAAACAUGCUGUACUACCGAGUGAUCACAAUUGUUCCUAUAUUUCAGUAUUCAAAUGUGUACAUCACCCAACCGGAUAUCAAUAAAGUAGUGGAAGACAAAGAACUGCAGGAGGAAUGUUUAAAGUAUGUGAGAAGAAAUGAAAAGGCAGACGCACCAACCAUCAGGUCCAUUAUGCAUCUGUAUGGAAGUUUGCGCUCCGAUAUCAGUGUUAAGGACCUGUGCCUACGAUUUGACCCCAGGGCUUUGAAUAUUGAUGAGAGACAUUUGAUACAGUUUGGUCUACUUCGAGGGUUAAUCCGACGUCUUCAUCAGUAUCCAGUGCGAGUACCCAGACGGGGUGAACAUCCCCGGACUCAGACCCAACCACUAGACAGGUAUAUAAGUGGCCACCUGAACUUUGAUGAGAUCUGCUGUAAGACUGGUCUCAGUCACCAGGAGUUGGAAGACUACAUCGAGAAUGAUCCUUGUGUACAUACUAUAUGGAAGUGAGAUACCACCAGGGCUGAUACAAGUAAAUCAGCCCAGAGGCAGAGACCAUCUGAAAGGGAAAGGUACAUGUUCGGUAACCACUCCUCAAAUUUGGUUGUAUAAAGCAUUUAGAGAGUAAUUUUAUUAUGAUUAUUAUUUAUUCAGCAUAAAAACACAUACAAAAUACAAUCGAAAACAAAACAAAAGCAAGGGACA